UCGUCUCGUCUCUAUCCCCUGCGCCGUUCCCCUCUCCCUCUCGUGACGGCUGCGCGCUUGAACCCCCCACCCCGCACACACUCGCGCCGGACCCGACGAAUCGCGGCGGCGGAGGGCGGCGGAGGAGGAGGCGGUGACGGAGGGAGAGAGAGACAGGCGGCCCGGCGAGAUGAAGUACGUCCUGGUGACCGGCGGCGUGGUGAGCGGCCUCGGAAAGGGGGUGACGGCCAGCAGCAUCGGCGUCGUGCUCAAGGCCUGCGGCCUCCGCAUUACCUCCAUCAAGAUCGAUCCUUACCUUAACACUGAUGCUGGAACCAUGUCUCCUUUUGAACAUGGCGAAGUGUUUGUUCUAGAUGAUGGUGGCGAGGUGGACUUGGAUCUUGGAAACUAUGAGAGGUUUCUAGACAUUAAGCUGACACGGGACAAUAACAUAACUACUGGAAAGAUCUACCAGUCUGUUAUUAAUAAAGAAAGAGAGGGAGAAUACCUGGGAAAGACUGUGCAGGUUGUCCCACACAUUACAAAUGCCAUACAAGAUUGGAUUGAGCGCGUUGCAAUGGUUCCUGUUGAUGGCCAGGAGGGACCUGCCGAUGUCUGUGUUAUAGAACUGGGUGGCACUAUAGGGGAUAUUGAAUCCAUGCCAUUUAUUGAAGCUCUAGGUCAAUUCUCCUAUCAUGUUGGUGCUGGUAAUUUCUGUUUGGUACAUGUCAGUCUGGUUCCGGUAUUGAAUGUUGUCGGUGAGCAGAAAACUAAGCCAACUCAACACAGUGUACGUGGUCUGAGAGGACUUGGUCUCACGCCAAAUAUGUUAGCUUGUCGCAGUACUAAGGAGCUAGAGGAAAAUGUGAAAGAAAAACUCUCCCAGUUUUGUCAUGUGCCGGCCGCUAAUAUUUUCACCCUAUAUGAUGUUUCGAACAUUUGGCACAUUCCUUUGCUGUUACGGGACCAGAAAGCACACAAUGCUAUCCUUAAAGUUCUGAAUCUUGAAAGUGUUGCCCAGGAGCCGAAGUUGGAUGAAUGGGUGGCAAGGGCCACUUUAUAUGACACCCUACAGGAUGAAGUGAGGAUUGCCAUGGUUGGAAAGUACACUGGUCUGUCUGAUUCGUACCUUUCUGUGUUAAAGGCACUUUUGCAUGCUUCUGUCUCUUGCCACAAAAAACUUGUUGUAGAUUGGGUUGCUUCCACUGAUCUUGAGGAUUCAACUGCUUCUGAGGCGCCUGAUGCUUACAAAGCAGCAUGGACUUUAUUGAAGGGCGCUGAUGGCGUUUUAGUGCCCGGUGGCUUUGGAGACAGAGGUGUUAAAGGGAAAAUGAUGGCUGCUAAGUAUGCCCGUGAAAACAAUGUCCCCUAUCUUGGCAUAUGCCUUGGCAUGCAGCUUGCUGUUGUAGAGUUUGCGCGCCAUGUUAUGAAAUUCCCUGAUGCGGACAGCACAGAAUUUAAUCCCAAUACGAAGACCCCAUGUGUUAUUUUUAUGCCAGAGGGUUCAAAAACACAUAUGGGUGGGACCAUGCGCCUUGGAUCAAGGAGAACAUUUUUCAAGGUUACUGACUGCAAAUCUGCCAAGCUCUAUGGUGAUGUCAACUAUGUAGAUGAGAGGCAUCGGCACAGAUAUGAGGUAAAUCCUGAUAUGGUGCCAGCAUUUGAAAAUGCUGGACUUCAGUUUGUUGGCAAGGACGAGACUGGACAGAGAAUGGAGAUCAUUGAAAUACCUGAUCACCGGUUCUUUGUCGGCGUCCAAUUCCAUCCGGAGUUCAAGUCAACGCCUUCAAAACCUUCACCUCCAUUUGUCGGACUAAUCGCUGCAGCAUGCGGACAACUGGACCAGGUGCUGCAGGACAGCUGCAAUGGCCAUGUGGUUGCGGCUAAACACAAGCUCGGCGACAGCUCCUCGACACCCCUAGUACACCAGAACGGGCACGCGCAGAAGCAAGCCAAUGGUGGUGUAGCAAAUGGAACCUGCCAUGCCAACGGCAAUGGCAGUACCCAUGGUUAGCGCGCCGCGGGUUUCGCCAAGGGGAUCAUCUCGCCUGUCUUCUGUGGUCCUCAUCGUCCCGUCGACUGCGACAACGGCUGAGCAACUUAUCAGCAGGGCCGGCGGCCCUACAAGAAGGGCGACGGUCAGAGCCUAGGAAAAAAAAAUAGAGGACUAGCAUUUUAUACAUGAGCACCUUUGUAUAGUAUUAGGUUCUGUGCUGAUAUGCAGCCGAAUGUUUUUGAUCCUUGCGUGUGGACUAAAUAAUAAGCUAGACAUCUUAGAAGGUUUUAGUUGUCGAGACAGAGCCUGGGUGGUUGGGUGUGUACUUUGAUUUCCUUUAAGAAACUUAUGGUUACUGUUUCUUCCCAGUUAAUUCCAGUUUCUUUCUCUGUU